CUUGUCCUUUACUGAACGAGCUGUUUGUUCUAGUCUAUGUAAAUUACAUGUUUUCUUCCUGUUGUUCCUGUGACGCGGGGAUCAGAAGAAAUUGUGCACUCUUUACGCAACGUUGAUAUGCGAAGAAAAGCGGAGAUGCGCUCUUCGGACUCACUCCAUUGACGGUCGUGAGCUUCCAUCAUAGGCCCUGCUCCUGAUAACUGGAGCUAACAUUAGUUCCUCAUAUGAACAUGGUCCGGUGAAAUGUAGCUGUGGAUCACGGAGGGUUUCUCAGAUACAAGGUCAAGACUCGUGUUUUUAAAAAUGAAGAUUUGGAGCACGGAACAUGUUUUCAGUUAUCCAUGGGAGACAGUGAUCAAGGCUGCCAUGAGGAAGUACCCAAACCCCAUGAACCCUAAUGUGGUUGGGGUGGACGUGCUGGACCGCAAUCUGGAUACAGAGGGACGCCUGCACAGCCAUAGACUCCUCAGCACAGAGUGGGGCCUCCCGAGUAUUGUACGAGCUAUAUUGGGUACCAACCACACGCAGACGUACGUGAAGGAACACUCCAUAGUGGACCCUGAUGAGAAAAAGAUGGAGCUGUGCUCAACAAAUAUUACCCUCACCAACCUGAUUUCUGUGGAUGAGAGGCUUCUUUACAGACCGCACCCAGACAACCCUGACGUCACCGUCCUGACCCAGGAGGCCAUCAUCACAGUCAAGGGAGUGAGUCUCAGCAGUUACCUCGAGGGAAUGAUGGCGAGGAGAAUGUCCGCUAACGCCAGGAAGGGUUGGGAUGCUAUUGAGUGGAUUAUUCAGAACUCUGAAAGAGAGAACGUACCUCUCUGUGACAUUUACUAACUCUGGCAGUUCUACAGUGACGACGACUUUCCCCGUUACACCUCAUAAACCACCGGGGAUUCUCAGCAUUUCUGGAUCUACAGUUGGUACUUCUACCGCCAUGCACUGGACGCAGAGUGAAACGCUGCCAAAGUCGAAUGCUUAUA